UCCCAGGCAACAGCCCUGAUCCAUUAUCGCCUUUUGCUUUUCUAUCGUCUUUGCCAUUCCACCUUGGCAUCAUUUCACCGUCUAUCUCAUUACCAUUACCAUUCCUAUUCUAUGCCAAUGUCUCAGACGACAUGCAGAUUAUGCUUGUAAUCUGCUUUGCUGCGUUGUUGUGGUGCUCUAAAUGCCAACCAUUCACUGCCUUAGACAGCGACACAUGGCACUCCUUGCUUAUUUCCUCCUGUUUGUUGCAAUUAUAACUUGUCUUAGUGCGGGAGGGACGGAAGGUCCCAUAUGUCGGUCAAUGGUGUCUCUGAAAAAAGAAGAAAAAGGAGAAACAUCUCCGGUGAGAGUUUAUCCAGCCACUCGCAACUCUCAAAGCCUAUGCGUUUUUCUCCCCACUCAUCUUACGAGCGGGCUGCAAAUCUGCUUUUGGCCCGUAUCCUCUUGCCAAACACGAAGAAGAUGUACGGGAAAGGCAUCAUCCCCAGGGUUAGGAAGGCGAGGAGGGCCGUGGCCCACUGGAAGCCCAGCUUAUCGUACAUUUGAAUUCCAAACAAUGGGAAGGCAGCUGUAUUCAGGUGUCAAAAAGUCAGCACAAAAGCCCAUGUCGAGAAACAAAGCACAAGACACAAGGUGUCAUGGCGGUUUGAACCCGGAAAAUCCAGCUGAAAGGAAGAGCGGCAGAUGCAUGUCCUGGGCGCUGCUGGGCCGGUGUCACCAAGACACACACCGACACCCCCAACGCUGCAUAAACGACACAUACACCGGGGUCCAUGUUAACUUAAGACUUACCUGCAAACGAACAUCGCACAAGAGCAUUUGUGGCUAAGGCACUCGCUGCGUAUCGCGGGUAUGCGUCAACCUGUAUACGAAACGCCUUCUUGUCAGCACUGCUACUUUCUCCAAUCUUUGCUUUCGCUUUAUGUCCAAUCCGAUGCCUCCAAUGACUCUCCAUAUCUCUGCGUGUAUGGUGUGCGUACACGGCAGGAUAGUUGUCGUUUUGUACUCCCCACCCCUUCUUUUUAUUCUCCUUCCCUUAACUGACACUCACACAACCCUUCCUCACCUUGGCCAUUCAAGUGAGCAAGGAGAGGUCAGGCAUG